AUGUCCGAACAUAUUCCAACUGCUGAAGAAAUCAAGAAAGACGUCAAUGAAGUGGUAGAUGAGAGUGUUGAUAAGGUCCUGGAACUGAAAGAUGAAGGAAAGAGUGUCUGCAAGAAGGUAGUAGCAAACAUCAAGGGUGCAUUUAGUGCGGUUGCUAACGCAUUUUGCCUGGCAGGAGCAAAGGUACAAUCAACCACUUGUUCUACAGUUUCUAGAGUUGGAACUGAGCUCAGUAAUCCCGUAGUUGCCGCUCAAGUAGUCGUUGUGGCUGGAGGUGCUGCCGCAGGUUAUUUAGCCUAUGUGGAAAGAAAUAGACUCAAUACUGACAAUAAGGUGUUUGUAUGUGUCAAUGCAUCGAUCAUUACAGGUUUAGUGGUCCUUGAUGGAUUCUUAUUCAACAAAUACUAUCCAAAGUAUGACAAAAAGCAAAAAUAG